GUCCUCCUCCUGUCGUGCUCUGGCUUCUCUCUUGCUCACUUCUCCAUCGCUCCUGCCCGCCUGAGCCAUGACGGCCCGUCUGCCCUUAUGCGCGUCCCUGCUGCUCCUCUGCCUCCUCAGAGCCCACGCCAGUCUGGAGCUCCGCCACGCUGCUGCCAUGGCCGCGGGCCUGUGUCAGACGCGGCCCACCGACCUGGUGUUCAUCGUGGACAGCUCUCGCAGCGUGCGGCCCUCAGAGUUCGAGCAGGUCAAGGUCUUCCUGACGAAAGUCAUCGACGGCCUGACUGUGGGGCCUAAUGCCACCCGCGUGGGCGUCGUCAACUACGCCAGCCGCGUGAAGAACGAGGUGUCGCUGAAGACGUACCGCACCAAGGCGGCCCUGGUGAAGGCCGUAAAACGCAUCGAGCCGCUGUCUUCGGGCACCAUGACGGGCCUGGCCAUCCAGUUUGCCCUUAACGUGGCUUUCAGUGAGGGAGAGGGGGCCCGCCUUCACUCGCCAGAGAUCAGCAAGGUGGUCAUCAUCGUGACGGAUGGGCGCCCCCAGGACAACGUGCGCGAUGUGGCGACCCGGGCACGGGAGGCUGGCAUCGAGCUGUUCGCCAUCGGCGUGGGUCGCGUGGACAUGAACACGCUGAGGCAGAUUGCCAGCGAGCCCCUGGAGGAGCACGUGGACUACGUGGAGAGCUACAGCGUCAUCGAGAAGCUCACCAAGAAGUUCCAGGAGGAAGGGCGGGUGUCUGAUCUGUGCGCGACAGGGGACCAUGACUGUGAACAGGUAUGCAUCAGUGUACCUGGCUCGUACAAGUGUGCCUGCAACGAGGGAUUCACACUUAUGGAGGAUGGCAGGUCAUGCAAUGCCUGCAGCAGUGCAGCAACCGACGUGGUCUUUAUGAUCGACGGCUCAAAAAGCGUGCGUCCCGAGAACUUCGAACUGGUCAAGAAGUUCAUCAACCAGAUCGUGGACAAGCUGGAUGUGUCGGAGAACAAGGCGCAUGUGGGCCUGGUGCAGUACUCCAGCGCCGUGCGCCAGGAGUUCCCACUUGGCCUCCACAACAACAAGAAGGACGUGAAGGAGGCUGUGAAGAAGAUGGACUAUAUGGAGCGUGGCACCAUGACGGGCCAAGCCCUGCGAUUCCUGAUGGACAGCAGCUUUACUCCCAACCAAGGCUCCCGGCCAGGUGUCGCCAAGGUGGGAAUCGUUUUCACCGACGGGCGCUCGCAGGACUACAUCGGAGAUGCCGCCAAGAAGGCCAAGGAGCUGGGUCUAAAAAUGUACGCCGUGGGUGUUGGGAACGCGGUGGAGGAUGAGCUGAGGGAGAUCGCAUCAGAGCCCAUCAAAGAUCACUACUUCUACACUGCCGACUUCAAGACCAUGAACCAGAUUGCCAAGAAGCUGCACGUGAACAUCUGUGAAGAGGAGAACCCCUGUGAAUGUGACUCAAUCGUCAGCUUCCAGAAAAAAGUAGAAAAUGCCAUACAGGCAUUAACAAAAAAAUUGGAGAGUGUAACGAAGAGGAUUGCAGCACUGGAGAACAAGAUUGUCUGAGCGGUGUUCCUCCAUCCAGACUCUCUUCUGACCCCUCCCAUUCUCUUCUUAUUUGUAAACAACAUACCGUAAAAUAUUAAAGAGAAGCAUGAAUUUACCCUGAUUCUGCACCAGCACCCAUCCGCCCAUCCCCAUCCAUCUCUGCCCUCCGUCUGUCUCGCUAAGGAAGUAGCUUGGCCAAGAUAUUUAGAGGUUAUCAGAGAUACAGUUCACGAGUAUGUUUACAGUGAAAACCAGGAUAUAAUCAUGAGGUCAUCACCUUCAGCAUCACCCAUGGUAGCUAUGGCAACACCCCUUGUCUAUAUAACUCCAUGCAUCUGUGCAAGCUGGUCACCAGGGGUAAAGCACACUGUCCACUGGCGUUUCUUCAGCUGGGUGCUCAGAGCCCACAUGUGCAUUAAGCAAACCCAAAAUGUGAGGUGGGUCUCAAAUAUUUCUGCGUCUUCAUCUGCACUCCUUUCAGUUUCUACUUUCUCUCCAUCGCAAAGCCCUUAUUUUAUAUGAAUUAUAUACGAAACUAAUUUAAUAUAAGAUGUGACCUCACAACUAUAUGUCUUUUUUUUAAAGUUACAUAGCACAGGCAAGCAGUGCAGUGCCGCAGUGUAGAGGGAGAGAUGCAGUUUCUGCGUGAGACUUUUCGGUCCUGACGCCACACACUGCCAGGCGUAUGCUACAGAGUCACAGCCAGUGACUUUUUUUUGGGGGGGGAGAUGAUGUAAUUGACCUGUAUUGUGACCCAAAAAGAAAGACAAGACACAGGUAAGGAGAACAUUGUAGAAACAUGUUUUCAUGUUAGUAGAUCUCUGCAUAAACACCACAACACGUGACAACAAGUAAAUAAAAACAUGGAGGUACGACCAACCAGAGGAUCAGAAAUGGUUUGCCUGUGUGGUGGAAGAUUGAAAUAAAACUAAAACAUUAAUGCCAGAAAUUAAAAAUAGAAAGACUGAAAAUAAAGACUGCUUACUUGUGUAAUGUGUGUAUUAAUUCUAAUAGCUUGUCAAAAUGAACAUUGUGGACUAGAAUUGGUAUUCUUUCGUAACACCCACGUUUUCAUCAAUAUAACUAUUCUCAAGCGGACUUGAUAAAAACUAAAAAGGUUUUCUCCCAAAACGUAAUGAUGUAACGUCUACGCACCUGCGGCAGCGCUUAGGCAAUGUAUAACAAGUCUAAUAAAACAAUAUUCUAACUGCACACAGACAAAUUCGGCCUUUCAACACGAUGCGUUUUAUAAAAUAUAUUUUAUUCCCAAUCAUUACCUAAUAAAGCACAAACUAACUA